CCUCAUCCAAUUGGCGACAAUCUGUGUGACGUAUACGGAUGUAAACAGAGCAGAGCAGAGUCGUCCUACCGCCGUGCAUGCAAGGGAAGGAAGCGAAGAUGAGGGUGUCCACCAGUCAUCUCCAGCAGCUCGCCAUCUUCACAACCGUGCUGACCGGGGGUGGGAUCGGCACCAUGUACUAUCUGCAGCAGAAGAAGUUUGCUGAGUCAGACUACCACAGACUGGCUCUGCAGAAACUGGAGGCAUGUCCAGUUGCCAUGGAAAGCCUGGGCGCCCCGCCUUUAAAAGUCCACAACAUCCAUCUGAGUGACAGAAACAACCGCAUAGAUCAGCGCACUGCACAGAUAAAGAUCCCUGUGACUGGUUCACAAACUGGAGGUUAUCUGUAUACGUCUUCAGUCAGAGACCCUGACACCAACAGGUGGAGUCUGAAACAGGCAGUUCUGAAGCUCAAGGAAGGGCAGAUCAUCGACCUGCUGAAUCCUCCUCCGCCUGCUGCAGCACAGACCCAGGCGCACACACAGGGGGAAGACAUGGACCACUGGCACUGACCAACUCCACGCACUAAUGAGAACAAUGAAAGUGGAAGUCGUCCUGCUCCCACUGGUGUUGAGUCUAAUUAACCAAAACAAUAUGGAAGUAUAUAUUUACCAAAUCCUCAACUUUUGAAGAGACAGCAUUUACUCGUGACUCUCUCUGUGAGCGUCACUGGGCUUCUAACUGACUGCUCUGGAUUGUUUGCUGUCCAGGUUUGGCUUUGAUUUAAUACAGGCCUGUUGUUGCACUGA